AUGAUCGGUUUGAGUCAUGAUAUGUACGCUGCUGAUGAUAUAUUUUAUUCCAUAGAUUAUGCUUCAAUAUUAUACGGAGCUGUUGUGAUGGAUUACCCAAACGACAAUAAUAAUAAUGCUAUAACUCACAGUAUUCGCCAUUUUAUUGUGGGAUCUUGCAAUGGCUUGAUUUUAUUAUUGACCGAAGAUAGUGAAAAAUUAUUUCUUUGGAACCCAUCCACAAGAGAGUACAAGGAAAUCAUAAGAGCACCGACGGCCGUAGAAAACCUUUCCUAUGGGUUUGGUUACGAUUUCAAAACUGAUAAUUACAAGUUGGUAUGCAUUGCAACUGGCCGGUCUGAUGAUGAUGGCGAGCUUGACAGUUUUUCUGAAGUUUAUUCAUACACAGCUGGUUCAUGGAGUAGAGGCGAAAACAUCCCUUAUGUGUAUUCUGAUGUAACCGGUGGUGUGCUUCUGAAUGGUGCUCUUCAUUGGUUAGGUGAAGAUGCUUCUCAUUGGUCAGACGAUACCGCCACCCGUAAAGAAACUAUAAUUUGCUUCGAUAUUAACAGUGAGAAGUUCAUGGAUUUGCAACUUCCAGAAGAAACUAUGACAUGUCCAGAAGAGAAAUUUAAUAUCCAUGUGCUGGGAGAUUCCCUUUGCUUAAUUUGUGGUGUCCGUAACGUUCGUGUUGAUGUAUGGGUUAUGCAAAAUUAUGGAGUGAGAGAAUCUUGGACAAAGCAAUUCAUCAUUACCCAAAAAGAAAUUAUUGCAGAUCCCCAUUCGUUAAAGAUCUAUGGCUCUGUUAAAGAUAGUGGGAUUCUAAUACAGGUUGGUGACGGUCUCGGUUUAUACGACCCAAAGAAUGAUAACAUUAGAACCCUGAAUAUAAACGGCAUCAUCGAUGGUAGUUUUUGCUCGGAGAAUUACGUGGAGAGCUUAGUUUCAGUGAAUUCAGGUAUUUAUAUGGGUACAGUGGACAAAAAACAUUCCAAAGAUGCUAGUGAAAUUCAAGAUUCUCAUCAUUUGAAUAAAAACUCCCAAAUUACAAUGGAAGCUGCUCAAGACAAAGAAGCGAAACGCAAACGUGUUGAUGUUAUUCUUGCAGAUGUUCAUGCUGCUAACCAUGAAGGUAGUGUCGCUGCCUUUGGAGGUGUUAAUGUUAUUCCUGGAGGUAUUAAUACUGUUUAUCAUCAUGAACUUCUUAAGGCGUAUUAA